GUGUGUGUGUGUGUGUGUUAGUGUGUUUAUUUGUCUAAGCUCACUCAGUUCGUUCCUUGUGAAUUCUUUUCUUGCCCUUGGCUUGGCUUAGUCUGCAAUAGAAAAAGGUGUGUCAAAGACAUGAUGCAGCACUAAAGGAGAACAAUAAUUCACUGUUUCUAUUUCUCCUAUUGUGUUUGCUUCAAAAAGAGUGGACAAUUUUCAAGAAGAGUUCAAUCUCUCCUAGGCUAGGACAUAUUUUAAGAAUAUUAUUUUUCACCACUUAUAUAUAGUUUCAAAUUAUUUCUCUAUAGGCUCUGCUAGCUUCCAAUUCAAUACAUACACUCUCUUCCUUGUCUUGUUCCUUUCUCAAAUCAAUAAAAUGGAAAAAGUUCUCAUCUUGAGUUUUAGACACGCAGAACUCUCGCAUAAGAUAGAAGAGAACAUUUUGUUUGGUAAAGAGAUGGACAGGGAAAAGUAUGAGAGGGUUUUAGAAGCAUGUUCCUUGAAGAAGGACCUGGAAAUCCUUUCAUUUGGUGAUCAGACAGUCAUUGGGGAGAGAGGAAUUAAUUUGAGCAGUGGACAAAAGCAGAGAAUACAAAUUGCACGUGCCUUAUAUCAAGAUGUUGAUAUCUAUCUGUUUGAUGAUCCUUUCUGUGCUGUGGAUGCUCACACAGGUUCUCAUCUCUUCAGGGAAUGCAUACUAGGCCUCUUGAGUUCAAAAACAAUUAUUUAUGUCACUCAUCAAAUUGAAUUCUUACCCAUAGCUGAUCUUAUACUGAAAAUUCAUUUCUCUCUAAUUUGUUUAAAAUCAGCCAGUGCAAGUGGGCUAAUGAAGAAAGAAGAAGCAAAAAGCGAGGAACCAAAAAUGCAGCUUGUUCAAGAAGAAGAAAGAGAGAAGGGAAGAGUGUGUUUUUCAGUCUAUUGGAAAUACUUUACAACAGCAUAUGGAGGAGCUCUUGUGCCUCUUAUACUGCUUGCACAAGUUUUAUUUCAUGGCCUUCAAAUCAGAAGCAACUACUGGAUGGCAUUGGCUAGUCUUGUUUUAGAAGAUGAAAAGCCUCUUGUUUCUACAGACCAAAGUGUAGUGGAUCUUAAGAUUUCGAAGCAAGUUUCUGCAUUCGCUUUCUCUUGUCCGUAG